CUGUCAACAUGACGCCCCAUUUUUAAAAGGACCACCCCUCGCUUUCUUCACCUUCUCUCAUUUCUCCUUUCUCCUUUCUCCUCGCCCCCCCUCUCCCACUUUUGCUGCCUUUCAAGCUCUCUUUUUCUCUCCUUUUGGGCAACAGAUUACCUGCCAAAUUUUCUGAAAAUCAAGCAAAGGACAGUCUCUACUGGAUAAUAUCGGCACCCAAAAUUGGAACUUGGAAGCAUGGAUGGCAGUUUCAAACCCAAUCCGUUUAUCAGUACUGAAGAAGAGAACGACAACACACAAGAACUCGUCCCUGACUCGCCUUCAUCUCCUACUUCCAACGACAUGAAGCUCUCUUCCUCUCCCAAAAAAGGUGGGGGGUUUUGUUACAGUCGGAGAUCCAUACAGAAAAGAGUUGUGUCAGUUCCGAUCAAGGACGUUGAGGUGACCCGUCUCAAGGGGGAGAGUGCUCCGCCGUCGGAUUCUUGGGCUUGGAGAAAAUACGGCCAAAAACCCAUCAAAGGUUCUCCAUACCCCAGGGGGUAUUACAGGUGUAGUAGUUCCAAGGGAUGCCCAGCGAGGAAACAAGUAGAGAGGAGCCGCGUGGACCCUACGACGCUGGUGAUCACGUACUCCUGCGAACACAAUCACCCUUUGCCCGCUUCUAGAAGCAAUAACGCCGCAGCCAAACACGCAACAGCAAGCUCGACAACAACGACGGCCGCACCAGUCGCCACCGCCGUCAAGACCGAACCGUCCACCCCACAGCCUGACACGGAACCCAUCCCUGGGCCGGAAGAAAAAUUCGCGGAUCUCGCCGACGACACGAUCCUCCCCACUGGCGACGAGUUCGCGUGGUUUGGGGAAAUGGUGACGACGACGUCGACGGUGCUGGAGUGCCCGAUAUUUACAGAGAGUAGUACAGCGGACGGGGCUGACGUCGCGAUGCUUUUCCCGAUGAGAGAAGAGGACGAGUCGUUGUUCGCCGAUCUCGGGGAGCUGCCGGAGUGCUCGGUGGUGUUUCGGCACCAGAGGAAUGUAGGACCACAGGUGGGGAUCUGCUGACACGUGGCUGCAGUCGUUGUGUUCGACGGUAUGCUUGCAUACAGUGUGCCACAAGAUUAGAAAAAAAAAAACAGAAAAAAAAGGAAAAGAAAUAUAUUUUUUUUUAAUCUUGAGUAAAUCUUUAAUCAUCUCUUUGAAUUUUUUUUUUUUAAGGAAUUACUUUUCUUUUCCUUGAUUUCGAUGUAGUAAAUGAAAUAAAAAAAAAUUGGGGGAUUCAGAAAUGCUGUCGUCGUAUGUUAUUUUGUUUGUAAUUAACAGCAUUGCCGGCUGUUUGCAGCCCAUAGUGUCGGGAAAUUUAUGUUUAUUAAUUCAGUAAUUUAUUCGAUGGGCUGGCUGCUCAUAAAAUAUGGUUAUUACA